UCCCCGCCGCUGCAAGGGUUCUGGAUCCCCCCACGACCAGAAGGCCCUUUGUGGGCAGAGCCUGCAAGGCUGGCUCGGCCGCAAGGCCCUUUGUGGGCAGAGCCUUCCGAUUCCAACUCACAAGCAUGGGGAGUGGAUUCUUACCCACCUGAUGGUUUUCUUAGUUUAUUAAAGAACACACCAAGUCUUGCACAAGAUGUGAGCAAUGGGAGUUCAUCGCUGCCAAUCAAUGAUGAGGAUGCCACCAAUGGUGGUGAUUGUGCAAGGAUUGUGAAGCGCUUGCCGUGGACAAAAGAGGAAGAUCUCAUAUUGGUCGGUGCUUGGUUGAAUAAUUCAAAUGACCCAAUACAAUCAAAUUACAAGAAGAAUGAGCAAUAUUGGAAAGAUGUUGCUGCUGUGUACAACAGUACUGCCCCGAAAAACAUGACAAGGCUAGUGAAGCAAGUGAAGGACCGUUUUGGAAGAAUUAAGAAAAAGGUUGCAUGGUUUUGUGCGAGCUGGAAGGAGGCUAAUGCUUUGUAUGCUAGUGGUGAAUCUGAUGAGGAUUUAAUGGAGAGGGCGAUGAAAACUUAUGAAGCUGAUCACAAGGAAGAUGGCCCAUUUAUGCUUAAGCAUUGCUGGGAUGUUCUAAAAAAGCAACCAAAAUGGGAUGCUUAUUUGGAACGCCUUGAAGACCUAGAGCCGGAGAAGAGAAAGUUUAAUGUUGAUGACGAUGUGGGGAACCAAUUCACUCUAGAUGAUGUAGAAGAUGAACGCCCAAUGGGUGGCAAGAAAGCUAAGGCUGAGCCAAAACGAAAAAGGAAGGAAGAAGCUUUUAUAAUAGAUCUUGAAGAUGAGCUGAACAAGUUUGUAGAGGUUCAACAUGCUGCAAAUGAGGGACGCAAAGAGAUGUUGGAGACACAAAAACGUGUGUCCAGUGAGAAUCUUGAAGCUCGGAAGCUAGCGUACCUUGCAGCAAAAGAUCACAAGGAGUCUGUCAUGCUAGAAACGUAUCGAUCACUGAUGAUGCAAGACACGACUCUGAUGUCUGAAGAUGUGAGGUCUGAGCACAUUUUGGCAAUGAAGUGCUUUAGGGAAAAGUUAUUCGGCAAAACUAACUAAGAAUUGUGCAAUGAUGUGGUGAUUGCUGCAGGUGAUACCUACAGUUCUUGAUGCGAAUGGAUCGGUGAUUCUUUCUACUGAAGUUCCACCUACGACUUUGUGCUUUUAUCAUCAAAAAUAAAGAGCUUGUUUGUCGAAGAUAUUAUCUACUGUUAUGCCUGCUUCAGGCUUUCUUAUAAAGACUAUUGUAAUGUUUAAGUGUUGUCAUGGUGCUACGUAUCAUCAGUUUGUUAUUAAUUUCUCUAGAUGAAACUACCUUGUUUG